AUGAAGAUGGAAAAGAAUACUCAAUUGCGCGGUAAAUCUGAGCCUUCCCCUAGAAGGUCGUCAGCUAGCUCCAGAGAUUCCAGUGGUUUGAAGGCGACUCCUGGGAUGUUUGUCAAGUUUACAAAGUCUUCCUUUAAGGAAAACUAUAAAGCAGUGAAGCUUUUGGGUAAAGGAUCCUUUGGUGAAGUUUUGCUUUGUAUUCAUCGCGCUACUGGAAAUCAGUAUGCCAUCAAAGUGAUUAGCAAGAACUCAUUGAAAAAGAAAGGAGACCACGAAUCAUUGCUAAGGGAAGUAAAUGUACUAAAGGAUUUGGAUCAUCCUAAUAUUAUGAAAAUUUUCGAGUUUUUUGAGGACGAAAAAUACUAUUAUUUUGUAACUGAGCUCUACAGCGGUGGAGAGCUGUUUGACGAAAUUGUCAGCAGGAAACGAUUUAGUGAAUAUGAUGCCGCUAGAAUUACGAAACAGAUUUUGAGUGGAAUUACAUACAUGCAUCGUCAGAAUAUUGUUCACCGUGACUUGAAACCCGAAAACCUUAUUCUUGAGUCUAGAGUUCCAAAUUCGAAUAUACGCAUUAUUGAUUUUGGACUUUCAACAUACUAUUCAGAUGAAUCUAAACUAAAGGAUAAGAUCGGUACAGCAUAUUACAUUGCUCCAGAGGUCCUAAAGGGAAUCUAUGAUCAAAAAUGUGAUAUAUGGUCUAUUGGUGUAAUAUUGUACAUUCUUUUAUCUGGAUUUCCUCCAUUUAAUGGCGCAUCAGAAGCUGAAAUCAUUAAAAAGGUUCAGGCGGGAAAAUAUUCUUUUGAGAUGUCACUCUGGCAAAAGGUUUCAGAGUCCGCCAAAGAUCUUAUACGUCGUAUGCUUUCUUACAAUCCAGCAAAACGUAUUUCUGCCGCUGAGGCUUUGGAACACCAUUGGAUUACAUUCAUGACCCGUGAUCAACAAGUUGACUUACCAAGCUUAGAAUUGUCUAUUGACAAUAUGCGUAACUUUCAUUACUCUCAAAAAUUUUCCCAAGCUGCCAUGCUUUACAUUGGAUCAAAACUUCUUACUCGUGACGAGAGUAAAUCACUAACUGCAAUAUUCAACUCCAUGGACAAGAAUGGUGAUGGGCAAUUGGAUCGUUCCGAGCUUAUUGAAGGCUAUAUUGAAUACUUGAGGAUUAAGGGACAAGCAUUUGAAACUAUGGACCGUUCAAGUGUUGAGGAGCAAGUCGACUUGAUCUUGCAAGAAAUUGACUUUGACAAUAACGGCUACAUUGAUUAUAGCGAAUUUUUAACUGUUGCCAUGGACCGUCGAACACUUUUCUCCAAGGAGCGUCUCGAAAAGGCCUUUAAAUUAUUUGACGUUGACAAUUCGGGAACAAUUUCUUGUAGCGAGCUUUCUAGAAUCUUUGGUAUCACAGAUUUAGGAACUGAGCAAUGGCAGCAACUUCUCAAGGAAGUAGACACAAACAAUGAUGGUGUGAUUGAUUUUAAAGAAUUUAAGGCAAUGCUUACAAAGUAUGCCUAA